AGAGAAGCACGAGCAAACACUCCAGAGGUAAGCAUUUCCCCUUUCCGCAUGACAUACUGUUGCGAGCUUGCAGGACAGGAGGCUCUCCCGAUCUCUCAGGUUGACCCUCCGCGUUUAAUUGCGCAUGGACAGUUCCAGAAUGAACUCUUUUUUGGAGUACACAAUUUGUAACCGUGGGACGAACGCCUACUCGCCCAAGGCUGGAUACCACCACUUGGAUCAGGCGUUCUCGGGCCCCUUCCUUAACGGACACGCAAGUGACAGCUAUAACGCUGAUGGACGACUUUACGAAGGGGGGAGCAACCAGCCAGCAGUAGCAGCACAACAUCAGCACCAGAGCGGCGUCUACGCGCAUCACCAGAACCAAACUCAACAGAGUGGCAUUGGCCUUUCCUACGGUGGCACGGGGACAACGAGCUAUGGGACGCAGGCCUGCGCCAAUCCGGACUACGCUCAACACCAGUAUUUCAUUAACCCUGAGCAGGAUGGGAUGUAUUAUCACUCAUCAGGGUUUUCAAACUCAAACGUCGGUCCUCAUUAUGGCUCCAUGGCCGGUGCGUACUGCGCGGCGCUGGGAGCCGUUCCAGCCGCACCUUACCAGCAUCAUGGAUGCGAAGGCCAGGAUCACCAGCGAGGCUACUCACAAGGCACCUAUGCCGACUUAUCGGCCUCCCAAGGGAGGGAGAGGGACACGGAUCAGUCGCCACCUGGGAAGACAUUCGAUUGGAUGAAAGUCAAAAGGAACCCUCCUAAAACAGCUAAAGUGGCCGAUUACGGACUGGGACCACAAAACACAAUCCGGACGAAUUUCACAACGAAACAACUCACGGAGCUCGAGAAGGAGUUUCACUUCAGCAAGUAUCUCACGCGAGCGCGGAGAGUCGAAAUUGCUGCCACGCUCGAGCUGAACGAGACACAGGUGAAGAUAUGGUUUCAGAACCGCCGAAUGAAACAGAAGAAGCGAGAGAAGGAGGGACUCGCGCCUGCUUCGUCCACCUUGCCUAAAGACCUCGAGGAUCACUCUGAUCACUCAACUUCAUCAUCUCCAGGAGCUUCUCCAAGUCCCGAUUCCUAACCGAGGACAAGGACUUCGGGUGCAUUGAACAACAGAUUCGAAAUAUAUCGUAAAGUCUAUUAAUUUAAGCAUUCCACAAUGUGCCCGAAAGACAUUAUUGUCUUUUUUUAUGAUGGACAAUUCGUUUAAGAAAAAAAAUAAAAUAAAUGUCAGGCAAAAAAGUGAAGAGCAGAGACUUUUAGCGCAACAAUGAACAUACUUACACCGUCUCUUUGAACAAAAUUUCCAAUAAUAUUUUUGGAAACGUUUGUGUGUGUUAUACAGGGUAUUUCUAUUAUGAUAAAUAUAAUGCACUUUCACAAUGUUUACAAGUCUCUAAAUGAAUAACUGACUUUACAGGGAGCUUAUUUUGUUGUCAAAUAUAUAUGUAUUGGUGUUUUUUGUUGCUUUUAUGAAAAUGUACACAUUUCAUAUAUUUGUGUUUUGAGUAUUGUUGCUAUAGGGGUUUUCGGACUUCUUGCACUAUGCGUUUCCAGGGUAGGCCUUGAGCACCAGCACAAUAUACUGAACGACAUGAGAACAAUUCCUUCUCAGUGUGCACUGUGAUAUUCCAUUCCAUUUGUCAGUUUACAUCGAUUAAAUUCGAAUCUUAGGAAAGUUCUAUUCCGAUUGUAGAAAAAAGGCAAUGCAGGGUGUUUAAAAUGUACUUUUUUAAUUAAAACAUUUAAUUAAUUUGAUAUUUUAGCCUAGUUUUUUUUAAGCGCAGACGAGCUGAGUUUUAUUAGUUACUGUCUGUAUGAUUCCGUAAUCUAAAUGUCUCAAUCAAAUGCUUCUGUCAAUUCUUUAUCUACCUCAAAUAAAAACAAUGUUUUACUGAA